CUCAUAAACUCCCACCGGAUACAACAAAUUCCCCAACCCGCCACCCACACAUCUCCCGACCUCUGUCCACACUCUCCUCUCUUCUUGGGCGGCGUCCGUACCAGUCAGCCAUGACCGCGGAGAUGGAGCAGGGCUUCCGCCCGCUCGACGAGGCGGCCCUGGUGGCCUACAUCAAGGCCACGCCCGCCCUCGCCGCCCGCCUUGGCAACCGCCUCGACUCCAUCACAGUCAAGGAGGUCGGCGACGGCAACCUCAACUUCGUCUACAUCGUGCUCUCCGACGCCGGCGCCAUCGUCGUCAAGCAGGCGCUCCCGUACGUGCGCUGCGUGGGGGACUCGUGGCCGAUGACGAGGGAACGCGCCUACUUCGAGGCCUCGGCGCUGCGGGAGCACGGCCGCCUGUGCCCGGACCACGUGCCGGAGGUCUACCACUUCGAUCGGGACAUGUCGCUCAUCGGGAUGCGCUACAUCGAGCCACCACACAUCAUCCUCCGCAAGGGCCUCAUAGCCGGCGUCGAGUACCCGCUGCUCGCCGACCACAUGUCGGAUUACAUGGCCAAGACGCUCUUCUUCACUUCCCUCCUCUGUAACAACACCACGGAUCAUAAGAAAGGAGUUGCUCAAUACAGUGCGAAUGCGGAGAUGUGUAGGCUCACGGAGCAAGUUGUGUUCUCGGACCCAUACAGGGUUUCCAAAUUUAAUCGGUGGACCUCACCUUAUCUUGACAAAGAUGCUGAGGCAGUUCGAGAGGAUGAUGCACUGAAGUUGGAAGUAGCUGAACUGAAAUCAAUGUUUAUCGAGAGAGCUCAGGCUCUGAUUCAUGGCGAUCUCCAUACCGGUUCUAUCAUGGUGACCCCAGAUUCGACUCAAGUUAUUGAUCCAGAGUUUGGGUUCUACGGGCCAAUGGGUUUUGACAUUGGGGCCUUCCUAGGAAACCUGAUUUUGGCAUACUACGCACAGGAUGGACAUGCUGAUCAAGCAAAUGAUCGUAAAGCUUACAAGAAAUGGAUCUUGAAGACAAUUGAAGAGUCAUGGAAUUUGUUCCAUAAGAAGUUUGUUGAACUAUGGAAUAAACACAAAGAAGGGAAUGGGGAGGCAUACCUGCCCGAUAUAUACAACUCAGACCUGUUGAGCCUUGCGCAGAAGAAGUACAUGACGAACCUAUUUCAUGAUAGCCUUGGAUUUGGUGCAGCCAAAAUGAUCAGGAGAAUAGUUGGGAUUGCUCAUGUUGAGGAUCUUGAGUCAAUUAAGGAUGCCAGCAAGAGAGCACAGUGUGAGCGUGCCGUCCUCAAUUGUGCAAAGACAAUCCUGAAGGGAAGACGGCAGUUUGAUAACAUCGAGCAAGUCAUUGUGCAUGUUCAAUCGUUUGGUCAGGACUGAGAAGGCGAGCCAUCUGUUUGGCAUUUGAGGAGACAUAUCUCCGUCAGUUACCAUGGUCCACUAUGCACACUUGAGUAUUGAUAAAUAGUUUGUUCUAAAGCACUAUUGGAUGCUUAUUUGUGCUUUUCAGUAUUGGGAUUAUGAUGAAAAACCAACAUGUCUGGUCCCUUUCUAGUUUGAGCUGUGUACACUACUAGUGUAAAAUCUUCCAGCAUAGCGAGGAGCUGAACAAUAAAAUGUACGAGAUAUCUCCACGUUUAUCUCAAUAGAUAUAGACGUGUGUAUUUCCAAUAAAUUUUGUUCUAAUAGUUUUUGGCAA